GACUCGAUUCCGACACGGCAGUCGCGGUUAAACUCGCGCGGGGAACGUUACGUGCACGAAUUGCGCGGCACGCGCGUCGCUCGUACGCAAUCGGUGAGAGAAACAGUGUGUGCCCGGAUCGGCUGGAUCGUCGAUCCUCCGCGAGAUCUCCGACACUACUCCGGGACCGUUUCGAAGUGCCGAAAGCGACUGCUCGUCGCGCGGCCUGGUAAACAAGGCUCGCGUCGAGACAAGUGAAUCGUUCGAACAUUGUUCGCCGUGGUUGCGAACAAUCCGGUGAAUCCCGAUGCACCGAUCGGUCCCGAUGACGCGCGGCUGACCGACGAAAACGAUUGCUAAGCCGAGUGCGUCGCGUUAUCCGGCGGCGAUCUACCGAUCGCGGCGAGAUCGUUCGCUCGAUCGAUGUCGCUCCGCUCGAGAAAGUAAACACGCGCGUGCACGGUGUCGUCGAGCAGAGAAAGAGGGAAAGAAAGAAAGAAGGAAAGAAAGAAAGAAAGAAAGAAGGAAGAAAGGAAGAAGGGAAGAAAGGAAGGAAGGAAAGACGUUUCAUCGAUCGGCGCGGAUCGCUGGAACUCUUUGGAGAUCGGCGGAGUUUCGGAGCGGUUUCGGAGCGGUUUCGGUGGAAGUUGGUGAUUGUUGGUGGAAGUUCGUGGAAGUUGACGGUCGGUGUGUCCGAGGCGAGAAAUUCGACGGCCGCGUGGAGCGGCGCGACGCGACGCGACGCGGCUCGGCGCGGCGCGGCGCGUUCUUCGAGGCGACAAGAACAUCGUAACCGAUCGGACGUCGGAAAAAGGAAGACGCCGAGUGGUCGGCCGUGAGAGAAAGAGAGACCGGGAGAGCGACGGGGAGCGAGAGGGAGUCACGUCGUCGAAGAUACGAGGCGUACCACCCGCGCUUUUUCUCUCGCGCGCGGCAAAAGCAAAAGAACAACGGGCGGAAGGCGGCCGCGGGGGGAGGGGGUGCUCGUAAAUCAAAAGGCAGCUCGUCAGUAUUCUUUGUCAGAGGAAGUAUAACUCGUAACGUCGCGGAUGAACCCGUCGAUGCCGUGGAAGAGCCGUUGCGCCGCACGCGUUCCGGAGUCAGCUGUUCAUCGAACGGGUCCGCAUUAAUUCCGGUUCGGCAAUUAACCGUGAUCGAGCACUCGCGUCCCGAGCGGUAACCGUUUAAGUCGUUCGCGGAACGGCCGGCGAGGAUACUCGGCGAAAAGGAAGAAAAGGGAAGAAAACGAGCAAGAGAAGGUGCACACGAACGAAGAAAGAAAGAAAGAAAGAAAGAAAGGAACGAAGGAACGUUCUUCCCCGAAACGAUUUCGCGAUUAACGGGGCCCGCGUCCGUUUGACGGAUGGCUCGCGGCGGAUCGGCUGAAUAAUCCGCGGCGGUCGCUCGGUUUUCCGGGCAGCGGUCACGAUUAGUGCCACGUCUCUGACGGACGGGUUCGAUCGGUCGUUGAACAUUUUGUACGACUAACGAUCGACCUCGACGGAGGGUACCGAUUUCGAGGGACUCGCGGCCGCGGGAGAGCGACGAUCGGCUGCCCACGAUCGGCGCGCCGGUUUUCGAGCGGAGCGGUGUCGAACCGCGAGACGCGCGCUCGCUCCUCGGCCACGUGGGUGUUAUCGGGCCGAGAAUUUGUCCCGGGAGAGAUCGGUCGGCUACGUGGGAGCGAUUACACGAACGAGUUCAUUCAUCGUCGGAAUUCCAGCGCGGCGGAAGUGACGGGAGGCCGCGCGGCGCGGCCGCUUCCUCGGGACUCGGGACUCGGCGUCGAACGCGAGCGCGCGCGCGCGUGUUUCGUCCGCUUCGCGAGCACACGGACACCGCAACGGGCCCGGCAGCGUGCGAGCGAAACAGAGAAAAAGAGAAGAGGAAACGGGCGCGUGUCGCGGAACAAGGAUGCGGUCGUCGCGGCGGAGGAUCGCCGCCGCCGCCGCCUGCGGCCUAACCCAGACCCAGUGUCCUGCGAGACGCACCGCCAGUCCUUGAAGGACUACAAGGCCGGUGGUUUUCGUCUGGUCGCGAAGGAUGAACUGCUCUCCAAACGGCGAGUUACACGCGAGACGAGCACCGCUCGGUUCCUGCACCACGGCACUGGUUAUGAACGUGAUUGCUCCACUUCGUCGAGGCGUAUCGCCACGUUCAGCGCACGAUUAUGCAGCUGAAGAAAGCGAUGCUUAAGAUAUUCGAUCAAUUAGGCCUGCACUUGCGGAGCAUCGAAGAGCCGAGGAUGACGGCGGAGACGGCAGCACCUUGUGUACAAGGGGUGCAAGGGGUGCAGAGCGUUAUGGCGGGUCAGGGCACACUGCAACAGGUGCAAGAUGGAAAAUCCACCGGCAGUUUUUAUUCCUCGACUUCGGCCAUGUACGACCCGGAGUACGCCCGCAUGGAGUCCUGGCUCGACGAACAUCCAGAUUUCGUCAACGAUUACUUCCUCAGGAAAGUCACGAGGCAAACCGUGGACAUGUGGCUGGUUUCUCACGCGACGCCGACGUCCUCGUCGAGCAGUUGCGUCGAGUUGUCAAGCCCGAUCCAUGCGGGUGGUACAUCGUCUUCCGGUCGGGGUGGUUCCGGCGGUUCGGGUGCCACGACCCCUGUCCGGAAGAUCUCGGCGCACGAGUUCGAGCGUGGCGGUUUGCUGAAGCCGAUCGUCAACACGAUCGACGGGACGCCCACCUUCUUGAGCGUCACACCCGGGGACUCCGGCCAGCCAGGAAGUCAGCCGGUCGGCUCCGGAAACUCGAACAGACCCCAGAGACGCUCCAGGCACGAGCUGAGGCACCUCGACGAGAAGGAUCUCAUCUUUGAAUUGGUCAAGGACAUCUGUAACGAGUUGGAUGUGAGGUCCUUGUGCCACAAGAUCCUGCAGAACGUGAGCACCCUGUUACACGCGGACCGGGGCUCCCUGUUCUUGGUCCAGGGCGAGAGAGGGGGCGGUUGCAUGCCCUCCUCGCAGAAUCACGAAUCCUCUUCGGCGGUGAGUCCGUCCGGAGGCGUCGGCCUCGGGAAGACGGACAACGGGAACGCGGAGCAACGCGAAAUAGGAUACUCGAGGAGCAGAUGCCUAGUCUCGAAGCUGUUCGACGUCUGCUCGAGAUCGACCCUGCUCGAGAUGGAGAAGAAGGACGAGAUCAAAAUUCCCUGGGGCACCGGGAUCGUCGGCUACGUCGCCGAAAGCGGAGAUCCUGUUAACAUACCGGACGCUUACAAGGACUCGAGGUUCAACCGAGAAAUCGACGCAUUAACAGGAUACAGGACCAGGGCCCUUUUGUGCAUGCCGAUAAAGGACUGCAACGGGGACGUCAUCGGGGUUGCACAAGUGAUCAACAAGCUCGGCGGCGAAGGACAGUUCACAGCGCAGGACGAGAAGAUUUUCGCUGGGUAUUUGCAAUUUUGCGGGAUCGGGCUGAGGAAUGCGCAACUGUACGAAAAAAGUCAAUUAGAAGUCAAACGAAACCAGGUGCUUCUGGAUUUAGCUAGGAUGAUAUUCGAGGAGCAAAGCACGAUAGAGCAUAUGGUACUGAGGAUUCUAACGCACACACAGUCCCUGAUUCAGUGCCAGCGAGUACAGGUUCUGUUGGUGCACAAGGCGUCGAAGGGCAGUUUCUCCCGAGUGUUCGACUUCGAGGCGAACGACCUGGCCGGCGAGGAUUCAGAUUCUCGCACUAGUCCGUUCGAGAGCCGAUUCCCUAUAAAUGUCGGCAUCACCGGCUACGUUGCCACGACCGGCGAGACGGUGAGCAUACCGAACGCCUACGAUGAUCCAAGAUUCGACCCUUCGGUGGACGAUGGUACCGGUUUCAGACAUCGCACCAUUCUCUGCAUGCCCAUCAAGAACUCGUCGGGUCAGAUCAUUGGCGUCAUUCAACUGAUCAACAAGUUCGAUGACCUCGCAUUCACGAAGAACGACGAGAAUUUCGUCGAGGCGUUCGCCAUUUUCUGCGGCAUGGGCAUUCACAAUACGCACAUGUACGAAAAGGCUGUGAUAGCAAUGGCCAAACAAAGCGUUACGUUAGAAGUGCUGAGUUACCACGCUUCUGCGUCGUUGGAAGAUGCACAAAGAUUAAGGGGCUUAAGAGUGCCUUCCGCAGCGCAUUUCCAGCUGCACGAUUUCAAAUUCGACGACAUUUUCAUGGAAGACGACGACACGCUAGCUGCGUGUCUUCGAAUGUUCUUAGACCUUGACUUCGUGGAACGUUUUCACAUCGAUUACGACGUUCUCUGCCGUUGGCUUCUAAGCGUGAAGAAGAAUUAUCGGAACGUCACGUACCAUAAUUGGCGUCACGCGUUCAACGUCGCUCAAAUGAUGUUCGCGAUACUAACUGCUACGCAGUGGUGGAAGAUCUUCGGGGAGAUCGAGUGUCUUGCACUAAUAAUUGCUUGCUUAUGCCAUGAUCUGGAUCAUCGGGGCACGAAUAACUCUUUCCAAAUCAAAGCAUCGUCGCCCUUGGCACAGCUCUACUCGACGUCGACGAUGGAGCACCAUCAUUUCGAUCAGUGCCUGAUGAUCCUGAGCAGCCAGGGGAAUCAAAUUCUGUCGAACCUGUCGCCCGAGGAAUAUUCCCGCGUGGUUAAAGUUCUCGAAGAAGCAAUCCUCUCCACCGACUUAGCGGUUUACUUCCGAAAGAGAGGAGCUUUCCUCAGCUUAGCACGGGGUGGCGGCUACAAUUGGGCUUACAGCGACCACAGGGAACUGCUAAGAGGAAUGUUAAUGACUGUCUGUGAUCUAGCGGCUAUAACAAAACCCUGGGAGGUCGAGAAGAGGGUGGCAGAAUUGGUUAGCAGCGAGUUCUUCGAGCAGGGAGACAUCGAAAGGUGGACUCUAAACAUUACCCCGAUUGACAUUAUGAACAGAGAGAAGGAGGAUCAGCUGCCGAUGAUGCAAGUUGGAUUCAUCGAUUCGAUCUGUCUUCCUAUUUACGAGGCAUUCGCUUUACUGUCGGACAAACUGGAGCCGUUGGUGGACGGUGUCCGGAAAAACAAGCAACACUGGCUCGAGAUCGCGGAGUCCAGAUGCAAGACGGACAAUUGCACGAACCACGACAGGAUGUCCUCGAUAUCGGACAAUGAGGAAACCAGUGACCAGGCGGACCAAUAGUCAUUAUCACGAGUCGCGAAUACAGGCGAAGUAAUGAUCAACGGACGGUAGCUUCGACGCAUUUACGGAGCGAAUCAUCGAGCCGGGAAGCCGAAGAAGCCGCGAAGCUUUGGAAUUGUUAAGCGCCUACGUCUCGAUAUUAGGUAUUAAAAGAGCAUUGUGAGUUAAUUUAUUAAUUUAUAUUAAUCACUGGCGGAGCAUUUUUGUCGGUACCAAUGACGUGCGACUGCGAGCGCGAUCUCGGAAUCGAACCGUUCCGAUGAUUCUGUUCGCGAACUUCCGGGGAGCCAGCGAGCGUAUUGUCCAGCCUGAAGUCGCGAUUACGGCUUUCGUUCUCGCCGAGCCGGGAACAACUAUAUAUCUUCUAUUCGAUCAACUCCGUUGCCGGCCUCGAUCGAGAGAAAUCAUCCGAACGAGAUUAAUCCCGUGAAUUUUUUCGCUCGUCACCGGGCUCGGGAGGACCCGAGCAGCCUGGAGGAAAUUAGCUUAAGGCGGUCGAGGAGCUUCGUCCUCUCUUCGGAAAUAAAACAGAUCAACCCAGAGAUGCUACUCUUGUACCUGAUCGUAUUGUACGUAUACUUACUAUGGCAGAACUUUGUGGUCGAGAGAGGACGAAGAUGAACGAGGGUGUACGGGACAGAUUCGACGGGAAUCACACUGGUCGGUGAUCAGAUUUUUUACGCGAGAUAUCCUCCUCGCUGAUUGGAGACCCGCGGCUCGCGAUCAAUCGAACACUUUUCAUCGAUAUUACCUACUUCCUCGACACCGAAUCGCGAAAUAGUUUCGAUGAUAUUCGAUGGAAUUAUUCCUUGUUCUCGUGCAAAGUCAAUAUAUAUAUAAUUAUCCAGUGUAAUUAUUGUUUUUUUAACGAUUAUCUCUAGUAGAUUAAUUGCUCGGUAGACCGAGCUACCAAAAUGUUUUAUACUUUUUUAUAGCUGUGUUGUAAAAACGGUGUUCACAAAGAGAUGGUUACGAGACGGUGGUAAAUACGAUAUUUAUGUACCACUGGCAAGAUACUAUUUGUUUGCAGGAAGGUUUUUAUUGAUGGAAAGGAAUGUUAGUUAAAUGUAUUCUUACCUUCGAAUAUUCUUUUCGUGAAAGUCAUAAACGAGUUCCGCGAAGAUAAGCUCCGCGAGUUCCAUGUACCUAGCAAUAUUCUGAGUUUGCUGAACAUUUGUGAGAAAAAUGUUACAGAUAAUUGUACAUAGCAUUGUAAUUUUUAUCGGCAUACGAAAUUUGUAUAGUUCAGAGAUAAUCGCUGAAUGAAAAGUUCGAAUACUUCGAGGUAUAAAAAUCUAUGUUUUUAACAGAUUUUGUGUCUGUGUUCCAAUUAUUUUGUCGGCUAAAACGUUACAAAAUUGCGUUAACGUUGCAAAAGCACAUUCGUACAACAAUUACAUGUAAAAUCAAUUCGUGCGACAAUUGUGUAUAAAACCAUGCAUUCUGAUAAAACUAGCUUGUCUCUGUCACUAGGCUAGUUUCUGAGGGAUGGCACAGUGGCGGCAGAAGUGGACCACGAAAUCAGGGUCGUACAAAAUUCGAUUAUCGAACUUGUCGAAGCAAAUGAGGGCCCAAUUUUCUCAAUUUCGUUUCCUGAACGAGCCGAUGAAUAGACUGCGAAUUUUUCUGCAAAAUGAACAUUUUCUGUAUCCGUUGCAAGAACGGAUGAACGGAGAUCACUUUAAAAAGAUUUCUCUUUCUUUGCUAGUUAUAGUAGGACAAAAGUGAUCGACACUUUUCAAUUGUUUUACUUUUUCUUCUCUUUAACCCUUUGCACUCGAAGCAAUUUUCACUCGAAAUCUAAAAUAGCUUUUUAGUAUCUUCAUUUCGUAUAACUUAUUGCAUUUUAUGCACACGGCUCAAGCAACAAUUAUUACACUUCGUAAUGUUUUUUUAAAAUAUAAACAAUUUCGAUAAUGUUAAAAUUAUUUUGAAACGUGAUAUAACAAUUUUUGAUGGCGCCUCAGGGUCGCCACUCGAGUGCAAAGGAUUAAAAUUACAGCUACUAAAUUCUCUGAUAAAUGCGAGAAGUCCGCAGUUUACUGACGAAGCAUCGUAUAGCUCGGACCGUGAUUAUCGUAGCUAGGACUAUGAACAUAAUUGCCGAGUGCUAUGAUCAUCAUAGCCGGGACUCCGAUCAGCGAGACAAAUGAUUCCCGAAUAAUGCGCGCAGAUGCGAUCGAAGGGCAAAAUCGGCUCCGUCUUGGAAUCGCGUUCGCACGGAAGUUCUCCCCGCGAAUUAGGAACUCGUCCGACCCAAUAAUCGGGCUGUACAUUGUAAUUAGAUAAUGUAUUCGUAAACCAAAGUGUACAUUUAUACAUCAAGGUUAAUCGUGAUCUUUGUUACUCGAUACGGGAAUGAGUUUAAUCGUCUGUUUUAACGUUCUAAUUAAUUAGCUGUAGAGACCAGGCGUCGUUCGCCUCGCUUUCUAUUAUCCUGGAUGUCGCGCGAUGUCGUUUAAAGCCAGAUGUUCGGUUUCCUCCCCGUUGCGCCGGAGGCUGUUGUCCUAGCAAACGGAACAUCGAACGAAAAUACGUUUUUCUCUGCGCUCGAGUAUCGAUACACGCGAAAGCUUCCCGAGACCACGUUUCACGGUCGCCUGAAAUCUUUGAACAAAAAUACGAACAUAUCAUCGACCUUUCAUUUAACGCGUAUUCCGUUUCAUUUGCGCGAACAUUAACAAGAGGUUAAUCAGACGUUGCACAGCCGUUGUAACGUGACGCGAGAGUUGCUGCAGGGCAGUGAUUGUAACAGGGAAAAUUGAACAAUUUACGUCGGAAUGUUUCUUUUCUCUAAUCGAUUGUAGAGAUUACAUGGAUUACUUAGGAUUCUAGCGUAAGCAUACGAUUAAAUUUAUACGUUAUCUUGACAAAAAGAAUUAUUUAUAACGAUAGAAACCCGUUUAGGCUCUCGCGCAGACGUCGUGUAAAAAAUUCGACGACAGACGAUUCCGACGUAAAUGGCGAAUUUAUCCAGCUGUUAAUUGUAUAUUUCGUUUAAUCGAUUCGUUUUAGAAAGUCAGCAUCGUUUAUGUUAAACUGCGAAUCAGCGAUCGUACGUGCAAAGUAUUUCUCCCGAGAGAUUUACAUUUAAAAAGGGUUUAUACUGAGUUCAGCAUCGAUUCGACGAGAAUGUCGUCGAAUCGUUUGACCGAUGGUUUUUUUUUAGCGUAAUCAUGAAACGAACGAAAAUUUCAUUUCGUUUUCAUCGAGACAGCCAGCUCGAAUUUCAUACACUUUCGAAAGAAAUGUUCCGACGCUGUGAUCGAACGUUGAUUCACGUUGGACACGUUUCCAACGAUCCUCGGAAUCGUCUAACAGGUAGUGGUUAGCUAAAUGCAGACAUGAUAGCAUACUUCAGGUGUUCCGUAAUUAUAUUUACAGACGCGUUUCCGCGUCGUACUCGCUGCCCGUGAUCAGGAAGCCAUAUUCCUGCGUACAUGAACACUGCGAUGCUCCGCGGCGUCAUGCAUUAUUGAGCGAUGCUGAUUCUGUUUACUCUGUAAUCAACCAUCGCCGAGACAAUUCGCGAAAAUACUGAAAUCUCGUUAACCGGCUCGCUCGGAAUGUAUACAUGAUUUAUGUUCGGAUUGGACAACACGAGCUUCAAGAUCGCUUUAUUCGAAGAUCGCGUCGAAAUCGAAUUCAACGAGCGAUGUACUCAUAUUCGAUUACGAUCUACGCUAUUUCACUAAUUGAACAGUCGGUGGUAACAAUCUGAUGGUAGAAUUGAAGUUCCGGAUUAUUGUUUUACACGUUUCACAAAUUGUACAAUGCGUAGAACGCAAUUUUUAAUUUUCUGAAAGCUGCAGAUAUUAUAAAGAGAAAACAGCGACCCCCCGUUUAAAUUCCUAAGAAUUGUUCCAAUCAAUUGCUAUUUUAAAACUAAUUUAACGUCUACUUUCUCUAUAUUAAUUCGAUAGCGGUAGAGCGUAUUUGAUCGCGCCGAAGAAAGAAUGAAUUAUAAAUGAUCGUCACUGUACGUUAAUAUAAAAUGAGACGAUCUUUCGCUGAAAAUUUAAGAUCGAAUCUGUAAUUGCCGGGGAGCUCUAAAGUUACUCUCUCCGACGUGGAACUCCGUCGGGAGAGCCACGCUCGUGUCUUGUCUCCUGGCAGACGUCGGUUUCCGAGUCCAGAAGCGUGAAAAGUUUAUUUUCCGAAAUCGGCACGAGUGUCGCGCAAGAGUUUCGGCGUCGCAUCUUGCAUGUAAAAAAGAAACUUCGAACUUUCGCAGAGACUUUUGUAUAAACUCUUCUUCGUCGUAUAGAUUCCAUGAUCGAACCUCGAAAGUUUUGAUCGUACUCCGCGCGAAUUGAUCGGUGCUUAAAGAUUAGAGACGUGGUUUUGCAACGAUGGAGGCAGUCAGGCGUUUCAUCCGCGUGUGAUCGUUUACUUGUAAUAAUAGUCCGUAUCUUGUAUAUGUUCCUUUUAAUCCUUCAAGUCGUUUUUCUCUUUCUCUUUCUCUUUCUCUUUCUCUUUCUCUUUCUCUUUCUCUUUCUCUUUCUCUUUCUCUUUCUCCUUCUUCUUCUUCUUCUUCCUCUACCUUUCGUCUUCAUUUUUUUGUCUUUUGUAAACUUGAUAUUGUCUCCCGUCGAUUUUCAUUAAUUCCACAACGGCAGGGACGGUGUAAGAAGUGUGAUAAAUAAAAAGUGUGCGUGCGUGCGAUGUCGUUUCGGCUGAGUGUAUGCGAGCAAGGAAGCGUCACUAUGAAUAUUCUCGUGUAAAUUAUUGAUACGUCGGAACGGAAAUGUUUAGCGUGUAUGCCGUUUACCGUUACGAUUAGCAUAUAGUACGAGAGUCAUAUAUUAUACUGAACAAUAUCUAAUAUAUUAAAGCGAGACUAAAUUAUGUGAUACACA